AUGCAGCGAGUACUCAGUCAUGGUCUUCCACUCACUCCCCCUCCCUCCACUCCACCCGCACUGGGCCACUGUCACCCUGCAGGCGAGAUUUCCCCCUGCCUCCCAGCCUCCUGUCGCUUCAUCCUAACAUGCAGCGAGUACUCAGUCAUGAUUCUCCUCCACCCUCUCGUCCUUCACUCCACCCCCGCUCUUAUUCCUGCAGGGGAGAUUCCCCCUGGAUCCCAGCUUCCUGCCGGUGAGAUUUCCCCCUGGAUUCCGGCCUCGUGCCGGUUCGUUCCCACUUGCAGCGAGUAUUCAGUUAUGGCACUGCGCAAGUACGGCCUUCUGAGAGGCGAGAUUCUCACUGCGUGGAGAUUGUUACGCUGUAACCCUUUCGGUCCAUCAGGUUAUGACCCUCCACGUUGGUUUGGGGAGCCUCCUCCUCCUUCCAUUUAA